UAACCCCAGAACGAGGUGAAGACGAAAGCUAGAUGUGAAUUGAAACAAGGGUCAUAUCCGCAAUAGGUGGUGGUGACUGCACGGAGGCUGGAGGCGAUCCCAAAGCCCGAGAAUCCCUGCCGAUCCCCUCACCAGAACCUCCGCUGAGUAACCGGUCACCCUCCCUACUCCAGUGCCAACCAUAGAACAACAGAUGUGCUAUAUAAAUAAGCAAGCUCCAUCAAAAACUAUAAUUUCUCGCUCCCAUAUCCAGUCACUCCUUGUUGAUUUCCUCUCAGUCCCAGCUUCCUCAAAUAUGUCCCCGCCUUGGCGCCCCGGAAAACGAGUGGCCAUCGCCGGCGGAGGCCCCGGAGCCAUCUCCACGGGGCUAGCCUUUCUCCAACGGGGGUACGAUGUGCGCAUCUUCGAGAAACAGCGCACGUGCCAGGCCAUCGGCGGCGCGGUGCUGCUCUCCAUCCCCGUGCUCGCCAUCCUCCGCGCCUACGGGCUGACCUCGGACAAUUUCGGGUCGUACACGCGGACAACCUUCGCCAACAAAUGGGGCAAGGAACGGGUCCAGCUGCCCUUCAACGCCGAGGUCGAGCGACGCAUGGGCAUCCAGGGCUGGCAGUACGGAUUGUUGCGGUCGACCAUCUUCGCAAAGAUGCUGGAACUGGUCCCGGAAGGCGUGAUCUACACGGGUCAUGAGGUAACCGGAUAUGAAGAGAAGCAAACGAGUGGGGAAGAAGACUCCGGGGUACAGAUCCGGUUCAAGAAUGGCAGUACCAUGAUGGCCGACAUCCUGGUCGCGGCGGACGGCAUUCGGUCGACGGUGUCGCGGCAGGCCUUUGGCGAGCCCGGGCUCUUCCACACGGGCAUUCGGGUCUGGCUUGCGUGGUGCGAUCAGAUCCCCGGGAUCCCGGCCCACCACGGGGUGAUCUCCCACGACUGGCAGUACCAGGCCAGCUUCUUUCCCAUGAUGCGCGAGGGCAGACGACCCGGCUUCGAGUGGUGGGUGGUCGAGCCCUCCUACGAGGGCAAGCCGGCACCUGCAGAUCCUCGCACGCAUCUGGCCGCGAUUCUCCAGAACUGGGCACAGCCGAUGCCGCGACUCCUCGAGGCGACCGAUUUCAACUCCCAGGUCUACCGGUGGGAGGUCUAUAAUCGGCCAUCCUUGCAGAAAUGGUCGGCUGGGAGGGUGGUCGGCGUGGGCGAUGCGGUGCACCCGGUCUCACCGUAUGCCGCAUAUGGGAUGGGGAUGGCGAUCGAGGAUGGCUACUACCUCGCCCGCGCCCUCGAUGGGGUCGACCUGCGCGAUCCCCGAGCCGUCGCCGCUGGAUUUGAGCUCUAUGAGCAGCAGCGCGUGAAUUACGCGAACCAUCACAUGGAAUUCGCCCGCUUCUCGGGAUCCAUGUUCCACCGCUUGCCCUGGCCUUUGGCCAAGGUGCGGGACCUGAUCUUUGAUUACACCCCUGUAUUGGGCAUGCUGUUGAGAAAGGACUAUCUUCAGCGGGCCGAGGAGGAGACAAUGAAUUUGCGGGAGCUGCAAGUUGUGUGAGGAAAUGGAGGGA